UCACUAUUACAUUUUCUCACUGUAAAAAAACCAAAACAACAGUAUGAAUAUUUGAUUCACUACUGUAAUGACAUUAAUAAUUUACCUAUGCACAUCACUUGUCUUGUUGCUGGAGGAAUAAUAUACAGAUAUCUGAAGCCAAGUAAAGGAGAUGCAGAGGGGAGGGGGAAAACAAGAGGCUGAGAAUGAACGAGCAGGGAGUGGUUUUAAUGCAAUGUUCCCUGCAAUGUAAGAGCCGUCCUGUUAUGAGAUGCUGUAGUCAAGAGUAACAGCAUCAGAUUUUCUGAGAAUUCUUCCUUAACGAGGACCACUGGUACCUGAGGGGUUGCUGGGUGAUUUUUUUUUUUGUCUUUUAUGAAUGUUUUUGUUAAAAUAGGAAUGGAGGUGGAAAGCUUAUGGACCUAAAUUGAAAUUAAAGCCUUUUUUUUUCUCUUCUCUUUGUUGUAUCUAAAACAACAAAUCACUUCCAAACUUGGAUAACCAUGCUGAGAUAUCGGAAGUUCACAGUGUCUGCAAUCGCCUUUUUUAUGCUACUGGCUUUAAAGGUUUUCUUGGACUUGACUUAUGUGGAACCCUCCUUGUCUACUCCUACUGAGCCUCCCUCAGAAUCUCUAUUUGAUCCUCUGCUUCUUCUUGAACCCCUACAUGGACAAGAAGAGCUGUCCAUGCUGGCUCUACAUAAUCUGGCACAAGGGUUAAGGAGAAUGGUGAUAAAAUCUAAGGCUCUAUGGAAUCGGGAAGAGUUGGAGCUGCUGAACACCAAGGAGUUGAGGGCUUGGGGUUGUAAAAUAAAGAGGCCAUCGCUGGAAAAGCCUUUUUAUGAGCCCCUGGAAAAGUUCCUACUCUAUGGAGGGUGUAGGGACCAAAAAUUAAUCAUAGAUCAACCAGACAAAUGUGUGGCCAACAAAACUUUUCUUCUGCUUGCCAUUAAGUCUUCACCAGCAAACUUUGCUCAGAGGCAGGCUGUGAGGAGCACAUGGGGUAUGGAACGUAGCUACAACGGGCAGUUUGUGAGACUGGUCUUCCUUUUGGGUACAACACCAGGACCUGACCUCUCUAAUCUCCUCUUCCAUGAAGACAAACUUUUCCAUGACCUUCUUCAAUGGGACUUCCAAGACACAUUCUUCAAUCUAACGCUAAAGGACCAACUCUUCCUUGGUUGGGCCAGCCUUCAAUGCCCAGACGCCAGAUAUAUCCUAAAAGGUGAUGAUGAUGUGUUUGCCCGUACAUCUGACAUUGUCCACCACUUGAAUUCGCUAACUGAGUCCCAGUCACGAGCUUUAUAUAUGGGUCAUGUGGUAAAAAUAGCUAGACCUUAUAGAGAUUCUAAAAGCAAGUACUACAUUCCUCCUACAUACUUUGAUGGGUGGUAUCCACCCUAUGCUGGAGGAGGUGGCUAUGUGUUUUCUGGAGCUCUAACACAUUGGCUGUACCUGGUAUCUCAUUUUGUAACUCCGUUCCCCAUUGAUGAUGUCUACACUGGGAUGUGUUUCAAGGCUUUGGGUGUAAACCCCAUUGCACAUCCGAGAUUUCGGACGUUUGAGACUCCCUGCACAGAUAAGAACCAUGGUUGCAUAGACGAGAACCUCCUCUUAGUGCAUAAGAGGAAUCCACAGGAGUUGAUAAAAAUGUGGAAACAUUUACAAUAUGCAGAGUAAUAUUGACUGGAUGGGGGGGGGGGCAGC